GUCCAACCCGAACGCCGCUUUCCUUCUCGUCGCGUGCUCCACCUUCUCCGACCGGAGUGAGAACUUGUCAGCCCGAUGGCUCCGGGCUCCUCCUGCCUCCGUGCAACCCGCACCCCAAGGGCUGCUGCGACUUAACAAUUAACGCCGGAUACAGGGGAAGGGGAGGAAAAAGGGCUGGGACAGCGGAGCGAGGAAACCUCACAUAUUUCCCUUCCUUGCACAGCUUUCCCGAUCGCGUUGAAGCGGAGGCGGAGGGAACGGGCGCAGCUUGACACGCGCGCGCCACCCGCAGACCCUGAGCCGGACCAGAAGGAGAACCUUGGCGUUUCCCGGCAGCUGUUCGGCCGAUCUCCGGCGUCCCUUGGCUUUGUUGCAGGGAUUUUCCUUUUCCUCCCUUACUGGUGGUUGUUGUUGUUGUUUUUCCCCCACUCCACUCUUCCGAAACCAUCCAUCUCUUUCAUUUGAUUUAUUGAUUUUCCUCCUCCUCCUCCUCCUCCCCCCAUGAAAAUGCCUCUGAAAUACGUCAAGAGUCGGAAAGGCAGGGAUCAGCUGCUUCACGAAGGGUACCUGUAUCGGAAGGAGCGGGAGAGCAAGAGCAAGAUGAUCUGGAAAUGCGCCGACUACCACAAGUCCCGUUGCCCGGGGAAGGCCCACACGCGCCACGGCAAGCUGGUCCACUCCUUGCCACACGAUCACCCUCCUCCUGCCAAGACAGCCGGCACGGAUGCCGAGAUGUGUGGCACGAAGGAAAGGCCCUCCUCUAGCCAAGAGCCCGUCUGCAAAGGGUCCGUGCCAGGCUGCCAAGCGUCGCCAGGGGUGCCCGCUUCCCGCAAGCCACGCAUCCAGAACGAUCCAAAGCUCACCAUCCAGCUCUUGAGGGCACGUCUGAACGCAGCCCGCCAAGUCGUGUCGGACUUGCAGCAGGGAUCUUCUGCUGUCGCUGAGACAGUUCCUGUAGAUCCGCCUUCGCCAGCUUCUCUGGACUUGCCAGAGCGCUCAAGUGCAUUUGAGAACGCAAGAUCCAAGGAUGCCCCUGUUCUGGGCAACGGCACAAAUGCACCCCGUUUGUUCGCAACCCGGUCCAGUCAGGAAGCUGCUCGCCAGAGGUUCCGCUUGGGCCCUGUCCCACCUGCAGAAGCCCCCCAGGAGAUUCUCUCCUGGCUGAGCGAGGCAGCUGAGAGAUGGCUGUGUCCUCAGCAACACAGCAAGGACCAGAUUGUGGAUAUGGUCAUCCUGGAACAGUUCCUGAACGUGCUUCCGGGGAACUUGCAGGCAUGUGUGAGAGCCAGGGAUCCAGGCAGCAGCAAGGAGGCACUUCAGCUGGUCGAGAGCUAUUUGAGGGAAGAGGAGCCAGCUAACGCUGUUCAGGUGCUGGGAUGUGGUUUUUUUCCUUUCUUUUAUUGAUAUGUUUACAUGUGUUGCCCACUUUUCCUCCAAGGAGCUGGAAGUGGCCUAGGUGGUUCUCCACCUCCCAAUGUUAUCCUCACAACGACCCUGUGGAGUAGGUUGGGCUGAGAGUGAGCGACUGCCCCAAGGUCACCCAGUGAGCUCUGUGGCUGGGUGGGGAUUUGAACCCUGGCCUCCUGGCUCUUAGUCCAAUGCUCUAACCACUAUGCCACUCUUAAGAAUGGAAUGCUGUUGUGUAUCCGAUUCUAAUGCAGACCCAGAAAAACUGGUACCGUUUGAUGUUGCCUUUUGUGCUUCUGUUGUUGCAGACCUCCUGUAGCUCAGGGGGAAAAUGCAACCCUCUAACCCUCUCUUAACUGGCCCUCUGGCUUUCCCCAGACCACAACUCUCACCAGCCCUGCUCCAUGUCCCCCCUCAAGUGCUUUUGCCUGGCUGGAAUUUGCCUCAAACUAUGAUGGCGUUUGACUGUGCUGCGGCUAGAGCCAUGUCUGCUGCCCUACCCACCCUUGCCUCGCCAUUGGCAUGUGGCCCCUGAGUGAUUGUCUGUGAAGGGAUGUGGCCCUUUAGGUUCCCCACCUCUGUGCUAUAGAGAUGCAGUGAGUUCCAUCUCCCUGGCCAGAAACUGACGUCCGGUGUUAAUCCUUUUCUGACGGCUAGAGAAUAUCCGCUGCAAUGCAUUCAGCAAAAGGUCAUGGUGGUGGGUCACAGGGUUUGUUGGGGCCUGCACUGUGGGGAAAGGUUUACUUGGAGCCUGUUGGGAAAGGAUUCUGGUAACCUGGAUAUGACACACAUAUCAUUCAUAACCAGUGUUUUUGUUUUGUUUUCGCUGGCUUUUCUUCUUUUAAAAGGCGGGCGGGUGUGGAGGACUCCCUGGUCCUGAAUGGGGUAACUGUGCCCCUGAAGGACCAGGUGCGCAGCCUGGGAGUCAUUCUGGACUCACAGCUGUCCAUGGAGGCGCAGGUCAAUUCUGUGUCCAGGGCAGCUGUUUAUCAGCUCCAUCUGGUACACAGGCUGAGACCCUACCUGCCCGCAGACUGUCUCGCCAGAGUGGUGCAUGCUCUGGCUAUCUCUCGCUUGGACUACUGCAAUACACUCUAUGUGGGGCUACCUUUGAAGGUGACCCGGAAACAACAACUAAUCCAGAAUGCAGCAGCUAGACUGGUGACUGGGAGCGGCUGCCGAGACCAUAUGACACCGGUCUUGAAAGACCUACACUGGCUCCCAGUACGUUUCCGAGCACAAUUCAAAGUGUUGGUGUUGACCUUUAAAGCCCUAAAUGGCCUCGGUCCAGUAUACCUGAAGGAGUGUCUCCAUCCCCAUCAUUCUGCCCGGACACUGAGGUCCAGCGCCAAGGGCCUUCUGGCAGUUCCCUCGCUGCGAGAAGCCAAGUUACAGGGAACCAGGCAGAGGGCCUUCUUAGUAGUGGCACCCACCCUGUGGAACGCCCUCCCACCAGAUGUCAAAGAGAAAAAUAACUACCAAACUUUUAGAAGACAUCUGAAGGCAGCCCUGUUUAGGGAAGCUUUUAAUGUUUAAUAGGUUAUUGUAUUUUAGUGUUUAGUUGGAAACCGCCCAGAAUAAUAAAAUAUUAUUAUUAUUAUUAAAGGCUGCGUGAGGUGCAAUUGAAGCUAUUCCUGGCUUGCAGGUGCCAUGAUGGAAAAGCUUUCUUCCUGCUUGUCACGCAGCUCUAAACUGCAGGAGAGCAUUGCUGGAAGCAAAAUGUUUGCUUCUCUCUCUCUCUCUCUCUCUCUCUGUUGUUGAUAUAAGGCAGGGAUACAAGGCACAGAUGGCAUAUUAUUGCUCAUAAUCUGGUUGAGUAACCAGUCUGAUUUGGUCUCUUCUCUGAUUAUAUCUCGUUUGUGCCUGUGACAGGGUGUGCAUUUAAUCGCGUUGGUGUGAGGUGAGGUUAAGCCUGUGUUCCCAUGACCAAAUAAAUGGGAAGCUUCCUGCUGAUCUUCCCUUCACUUUUAUUCCGUACAGUUAAGUGGGAAAUGCCAAGUGCUGUGAUAUGGAGUGGCAUAGAAUGGGAUAACCAGAAAUGGCCUGGGGCUAGACUGAGGAAAAAGGGGUUUGCACAAAAACAUGCCCUGAAUGCUAUGCUAUCAGAGCCAGGGGGAGAAAUUGGGUAACCAUAGUACCUUUUUAGCAAAUGAUUUUAAAUAAUAAUAAUAAUAAACCUGGUGUGGUGUCUAAAUGCAAGUUAUUGGACUUAAGAAAUUGCCAGGCCUCUGGUCCAUCUCCUCUAGCAUAGUCAUCUCUGACUGGCCCUGAAUCUCAAAUGUCUUGGAUACCAAGGCUGAAAAAAAGGCCCUCACCCAAGAUCCUUCAGCUGGAGAUAGAAUCAUAGAAUCGUAGAGUUGGACGGGACUAUGAGAAUCAUCUAGUCCAACCCUCUGCAAUGCAGGAAUAUUCAGCUGUCCCAUACGGGGAUCGAACCUGCAACCUUGGCGUUAUGAUCAGCACCAUGCUCUAACCAACUGAGCUAUGUGUGUGCAAUGUAUGUGCGCUGCCGCUUUUGUGCAUGCAAAUUCUCUGGUCUGCCCCUAAGCUAUGUCCCUUUCUCCCAAAACCUUCUAAGGCUUUGCCCAACACAGUCAACAGAAGUCUUAAUGCUGUGACAUUAAUGGAAUAUCCCUCUUGUUUGUUUCAGGGCCUGGUAACCUUUGAAGAUGUAUCUGUGCGUUUCACGGAGGAAGAAUGGGCUCUGCUGGGCCACAAAGAGAAAACCCUUUACUGGAAUGUCAUGCAGGAGAAUUACGAUAACGUGGCCUGGAUGAGUAAGUGUUCCUAGAGAAUCCUGGUGCAGUUACCAACUCUUUCCACUUUUACAUCACUGCAGCAUACAGUUUAGGCAUGCUUCAGUUAUACCCAGAUUUCUCUUGAAAUAAUCAUCCCCUUGUACAUCUUUUAUUAACUAUUUUAUGUGGUCAUCUAGCUUCCCAUUUUUAGAUGCCCUUUGAAUACUUUCUUUCAUCAACAGUCUUUUUAAGUUAAACUCAUGACAUUUUCUGCUUCUGUACUUUCCUUGCAUUUACUGUUAUUUUAACAUUUGCUGUACACUGCUUAGAUGGCUUCUAUACAAGUUAGCAGUAUAUGCAUAUUUUUACAAAUAAAUAAACUGAACUCACCAAGCCUUCUGCUGAUCUAGAUAGGCAUAGGAUUGAGCUGAGUAUUCAAUUUUGUGACUUCUCUUAAUUGCAGUAGAGAGGAACUGGUGCAGCCAAUGUAUUCUUAAUGAAUUUUUAGGACACAGUGUGAUUGCUUUUCCUUGCUUCAGCAGGUGACGGGACCGAUAGCAAAAGCAGAGAAGAGGAUCCUUGGCUGGAAGCGUGCGAAUCGGUGGCGAUGGGAAAAUCCAAGGAGGCUAUUUUGCAGAGUCCUGAACAAGACAUGCUAAGGCAGAGCUGUCUGGAGAGGCAGCAAAAAACCAACUCAGGAAGAGAAAGAGAAAAGGAUGUUCUCUGUUGGAAGAGUUUGCAAAAACUAGACCGUGACAUGGUUCACCUAGAGAUGGAGACAUGUGCCGAUUGUGAGGACUGGGGCGAAUCCUUAUCAGCAUUUAUCAAUACUCAGGAAAGUCCCAGCAAGGAAAGUUCUAAGCCUAUGACUCAAUCUGGGGAGUCACAUGAAUUAUCUGAGAAGAAAAUCCUCCAGAAUCUUCAGGGAAACUUAAUCAAAGAGGACCAGAGCAGUUUGCUGGGGCAACAGGCAAGCCAAGAGAGAUCUACUCUUCUUAGAAACAGCUUGAGGGACCCACUUCAACUUGACUCUAGGCCAUGUACUGAUUCUGCAGAACUGGAGGAAUCACUAAGAAUUGGCAGCAGUCAGAAAAUCCACAGCAGGGAAGAUCCUGACUAUGUGGCACUGGAAAUGUCUGUGGACGAGAUUUCUCAGAUUUCUGCCAAGCAAGACCUGCAGUCCAAGCCUACGCAGCUUUGCUCAAACCUGAUUCCUGCCGAAGUGAACGAGACGGCAGACUUACAGCACAAACCUGCACAUGUUUACUCAGAAGUAAGUACCAGUGGGGCUCACUCCCAGGGAAGUGGGUGUAGGAUUUCAGAUUCAAUCAGCGAGGACCAGAACGUUCUGGAGAGCCAUCGCGCCAGCAUCUCAGGAAAUGAUGACGGACAGGAGAAAUGCCUUCUCUAUGGAAAUGGUCUGAGAGAUCUGUCCAAAGACAUGCUUCAGCUAGAUGCUGAACCAGGACCAGAGAACCAGAAUAGCCGCACUGAUUGUGGGGGUCAAGAUCAGUGCUCAAAGCACAUUGUUAGCCGGGAAAUGGCUCACAGGGAAGACCUAUAUAAAAGUCCCAAGUCCAAUAGGCGGUUCAUCAAAAAUGCUGGCCAGGCUAGCUGUUCCGAUUCAGGUAAGAAGCCCAGAGACCUCUUGGCUUUAAUGAAACAAAGGCGACUUUACAAAAGAGGAAAGUAUUUUAAUGGGGAAAACAUGCAUGCCAAGUCUGUUCUUGGAGUGCCUCAAAGAAUCCAGCCAGCCGGAAAACUUCAGAAACGUUUGGACUGGAAAGACAAGGGCCUCUACAAACUUAGCCAAUGCAGACUUCUUGAACCAAGAAGAAGACUAAGGCAACCCCUCAAAGACCAUCUCCAGACUCGCGAAGCAUUGCAUCAGACUACAGCGACAAUCAGAACGGCCUCAGGGACAGGACCUUCCCCUCCAAACCCCAAAAGACUGAAACCCGAGCCAGUAUCUCCCUCCCCUCCCCCUCUCUACAAAAUGGCGGCUGAGCCAACGCUGGCCCAGUUCAUGGCUCUGCUAGAACAAGUUGCUGCCGACGCUGUGGAGAUAAAGUCUGCAGUCUCCCGCUUGCACACCUCAGUCACUGCCAUCCUCAGCGCCCUCGGGAGUCUCUCUGGGUGUUCGGACGAGGCUGAGCUCAGGAUUUCCGACUUAGAGGACACCACCCGAAAUACAAAGGCCCAGCUUGUGAAGCAGUGUAACGAUAUUAAAGCUAUUGAGGCCAAACUCAUUGGGAAAGCCGUCCAGACCAAUGUCAUUGCAGGGUUGUGGUCGUCGCUGAGGGGUCAGAGAGAGGCAGCCUCCCUUCAUCAGCCCCCUAACUAAUGUGUAAGGAUGUUCUGAAGACUUGGCUCAGAGAGAGAUCAAGCACCGAUCAUUCCAAAACUAGGCUUGGAUGCGAUUGGUCCAGACAACCUGUUCACCGGUCACAAAUCCACCACUCCUUUCUGCUGCCUUAGAAAAACCUUUGCAAGCUUUUGACCCUCUGCUUCUUUCAAUAAACCUUUGGUGACCACAGUAAAAAAUUAAAAUAAAAUGGUUCUUGUGCCUCUGCUGAUGUUGAUUCAAG